UAGCUUCAUGUAUCCUCUUUGUUGUGAAUAUUUAUUUUGACUUACUCGUAAACAGAGUAUAACCUUUUUAUUAUUAUUAUUAUAGUUGUUAUUACUGCACAUGUUUAGAGAUGUCCCGGUUGUUAAGUUUAUACCGGUGUAAACAGAGCCGAGGCUCUUCCUCCUGCUGGUCUUGGGUUCAGCAGCACAGUCCACAACAGAAGAGUCCACACAGGACCCUGACACUAACACGGAGGAUUUUCCACACUAAUAAUGGUGGAAAACGACAUAUUUGGGCAUUAGGCAUUGGGACAGGGGUUUUGUUAGCUUUAGGACUGAAAUAUCACGUUUAUAGUCGUGAGCGUUGUGAGUGUGAGGAAACAGUAAACUCUUACAGUAACUACAGAACAGCUAAAGAAAUCAGCCGAGACCUCCUUCAGAGGAUAAAGGUAAAGGAUGAAGUUGGAGCUCCUGGCCUGGUCAUUGGAGUUUCUGUAGAUGGUACUCAAGUGUGGAGUGAAGGCAUAGGGUAUGCUGACUUGGAGAACAGAGUGCCUUGUGAUGGGAGCACUGUAAUGAGGAUUGCUAGCAUCAGUAAAUCUCUGACUGCAGCUGCUGUUGCUCGAGUGUGGGAGAAUGGAAAGCUUGAUCUAGAUGCUCCGGUUCAAAAAUACGUGCCUGAGUUUCCUGAAAAACAGUUCGAGGGAAAGGAUAUAACGAUAACCCCACGACUGCUGCUGUCUCACCUGAGUGGUAUCCGUCACUACGAAAAAGACUCCAAGAAAGUGAGGGACGAAAAAGCAAAACGUCUACAGAAACCGCCAGAGAAAAAAGAAGACGAAAAAAGUUCUGACGAAACCGAAGAAAAAUCCACACAGCAGAAUAACAGAACAAAAAGCAAAGAUGCAAAGCAUAGUAAAAAGAAGAAAGAGUUUGAGAAGGAGGAGUACUACCUCAAAGACAGCUUCGACAGUGUUAUCCAGGCCUUAGACCUCUUUAAGGAUGAUCCACUUAUUUUCGAGCCAGGCACUACAUUCUUAUACUCUACUCAUGCAUUUACUUUGCUGAGCGCUGUGCUGGAGAGAGCAGCAGGUCAGCGCUUCCUGGACCUCAUGAUGAACAUGUUCCGCGAAUUAGGCAUGCUUAACACCGUGCCAGACGAGAACGACCCCAUUAUCUACAACCGCUCCAGGUAUUACCAUUGGAAUAAAAAGGGGCGCAUUGUGAACUGCCCCUAUGUGGACAACUCUUAUAAAUGGGCUGGAGGAGGAUUUCUGUCCACGGUUGGCGAUCUGCUGCUUUUUGGUAAUGCCAUGCUCUACAGCUAUCAGCUAGUGGACAUGACGGACACAAGCGGCCUCCUGCCAGGCUUCCUCAAACCCCUCACGGCCAAAGCUCUGUGGGCUCCUGUGGAUAAAACUGAGGUUUCAUGGGAUAAAGAUGGCCGUUAUGCUCAGGGCUGGGCGGUGGUGGAGAAGCUGCAGAGGUAUGGGCAGUGUCGCACGCGCAGGCACUACGUCUCACACACGGGAGGUGCUGUAGGGGCAAGUAGUGUUUUAUUGGUGUUACCCAGCGAGAGACCGAAGGCUCCAGGACAGAAAGCGACUCCCCCUCAGGGGGUGGUAGUGGCCAUCAUGACAAAUAUGCAGUCUGUAGGACUCUGUAAAACUGCACUGAAGAUUGCACAUGAGUUUGAGAAAGCCAGAGGCAGCUAAAGAGGGAGUAUCGGGGUAGAGUUUUAUAAGUCAUUUACAUCUGUUAUAGAUUUCAUAUCAUAAUGCUGCCCUGUGCACUUUGUUUACAGUGUUAAGCAAUGAAUAUGAGUGAAGUGUACACACAAUGUAAAUCAUUUCUUUGUAUUGUGAGAUAUGAAUCUUUUUUUAUAUGAAUUGUAUAUCAAAUUGUAUAAUUAAAUAAAUGCUAAAUGUUUGUUACAUUCUCUGUUUAUGUUUAUCUGGUAAGAAAGAAUAGCAAUCAUAGUAUGAAAAGAGGUCCUAAAUGUCCUCUUAACUGGUGUGUGUUAAUGACCCCACUAGAGGGAGACUCUGCUCCUGAAUCUUCCUAACAAGUUCAGAACUUUUUUUUAAAUUAAACAGAGAUUAUUAUUUACGUUACAUGUACACCAAAAUUCUGGAUCCACACAUAACAUCUGGGAUUAUUUUUCUUUAUAAAUAGAAGGUUUUAAAAUUAAAAAUGUUGAAAUAUUUGAAAACGUAUGCUCAAUAUAAUAUAUAUAAAAAUAUAUUUCAUGCAUAAUCUCUUGGAUUAAUGUAUGUGUUGAAAAGACACUGAGGGAUUUGAUCUAAAAUGAAUCAUAAUGUUUCACACAAACUUGUGAAAUUCAUGUAAACUGUCAUUAAAUCAAAAAUGGGGGAUUUAUAAAAUACUAAGAAAACUCUGAAAUUAAGUGAAUGUGAAUUUUCACUAGUGCUCUCAGACCUUUUGUACAUACAAACACACACACACAUAUAUAUAAAACAAGAAACAAACCCAAGAAACAAAUCUAAGGCAAAAUGUUAUUAUAAAAUUUUAUUAUGGCCAUAGAUAUUCUAGUAUUGUUUUAGGAUUUGGAAAGAAACAACCUCUUUAAUCUCAUCCGAGCUUGUUAAUAUGCAUUGUCUUUAUUUUACUCAAAUAACCAGGAAUAAACACAUGCGUAUAUUAAUACUGCUAGAACUUUAUUUUCUUGACAUGA